CGGGGGGGGCGUGUCCACGGCUGGACUUGCCCGGGCAUGUGAGCGCGGCGCUUCCGGGCCGGACACGUGGGAGCUGCGCCGGGCCCGCAAGGAUGCCUCCUGGCAAAGGGCAGAUGACCCCACUGCUGCCCACCUUGAAGGUCUCCACACCCACCCCCCAUGGCACCCCUGGCCCAGCUGCAGUGGGCUGCACUCAGCUCCCGGAAGGUCCUAGCUCGCCGCAGGGUCGCGGCAAGAAGAGGAGCCGUAAGCACCAGCGCUUCAUGGAGCGCCGGGCACUGCUGGAGCAGAGGGGGCUGCUGAGACCCCGCAGGCGCCCGGGCGGCCAGGCCCCAGCGGUGGGGCCAGAAGCACGCAGCGUGCUCACCAAGACGGGUGGCACCGUGGCACCACGCUGUGGGAAGGUUCCCAAGCCCAAAAAAGUAAUUUCUCCAUCCACCUCCCCAGACAGCACAGCCAGGCAUCACUCUGUGCUGCUGUCCCAGGGCAAUGGCAGCUCCAAGGGAGCGCAGACGUCCUCCCCACUCCUGCGCCCUAGCAAGUAUGUGGCCAUUGACUGCGAGAUGGUUGGCACCGGUCCUCAGGGCAGGCUGAGUGAGCUGGCACGGUGCUCUGUGGUGAACUACGAGGGGGAUGUCAUCUAUGACAAGUACGUCCGGCCCGAGCUGCCCAUCGUGGACUACCGGACACGCUGGAGUGGCAUCACCAGGCAGCACAUGAAGAGAGCAAUUCCCUUCAAGACUGCCCAAGCAGAGAUCCUGAAGAUCUUGAAAGACAAGAUUGUGGUUGGACAUGCAAUCCACAAUGACUUCCAAGCCCUGAAGUACUUCCACCCUAAAGACAGGACCCGAGACACCAGUCAGAUCCCUGUGCUGAAGCAGAGAGUUGGGCUCCCUGUCAAGGCUAGUGUCUCACUCAAGAGCUUGGCCAGGCACCUGCUCCAGAAAAACAUCCAGGUUGGCUCCAAAGGGCACUCGUCAGUGGAGGAUGCUCAGACGGCCAUGGAGCUCUACAGACUGGUGGAGGUGCAGUGGGAGACAGAGCUGGCCUGCAGCCUGCCCCCCCGGGCCCCCAGCCCCAUCACAGACCCUGCUGCAGACAGCAGUCACUACAUGGAUGACCAGUACUGGCCCACAGACCUGAUGGCAAGUGGCCUGUGA